GAUUCGGAGUCAACAAUAAUAUCAGAAUCAAAAUGCCGCCCUCUAAAGCAGCACCCCAACUUGUUCUCGGCCUGGCAAAUGUCGGCGACACAUCAGCAGACCCCAUGGCCCGAUACGGCACCCCGAAUGCAGUCAAACAAUUAUUCGACACCUUCUUCAAUCGCGGUUAUACCAGUCUCGACACCGCACGAAACUACCCCCCACACGCCCCCGGCACAGCAGAACCACUUAUCGGCGCUGCCUUGAAGUCCUACGAAGAGCACGAAAGUACCAAACCGUGUUUCACAAUCAGCACAAAGAUCAUGCCCCGCGGCGACCGUCCUCAUACUCGCGAGAAAAUCGAGCAGAACAUUAUCGAGUCUUUAACAGCACUGCAAUUACCGCAGGUAGACAUCGAAUAUUUACAUGACCCUGACCGGACAACGCCAUUUGAAGAAACAUGCGAAGCUAUGGAUAAGGCGUGCCUUGAGGGAAAAUUCAGACGGUUUGGGCUCUCGAAUCACAAGCCCGAGGAGAUUGAGAGGGUUGUUAAGAUUUGCGAGGAGAAUGGGUAUGUAAAGCCGAGUGUGUAUCAGGGGCAUUAUAAUGCUAUUGCAAGAGCAGUUGAGAAGGAUUUGCUGCCUGUUUUGAGGAAGCAUGGGAUUUCUUUUUACGCAUUUAGUCCGGCGGCAGCAGGUAUGUUCUCCGGAAACCAUAAAAGAAACGCUGAGCCUGGGAAUCGAUACGAUCCUACGGUCUGUCUUAUGUGCAUACACCCAUUCUCAAGUACUUGGCGUACUAACAAUAAAAUAAGCUCCCCAUCGGCCAACUCUAUACAAGAUGGUAUCUCCGACCCUCCGUGAUAUCCGCCGUCGAAGCCGCGGUCGAAAUCGCAUCCAAACACGGAAUCUCCGGCCACGCCGCCGCUCUUCGAUGGGUGGCAUAUCACAGUAUCUUGGAUGCCAAGUACGGUGAUGCUAUUGUUCUCGGAGCCUCAAAGGUUGAGCAACUUGAGCAGAACAUGGAUAUUAUUGAGCAAGGGCCAUUGCCGAAAGAGGUUGCUGAGGCGUAUUCGGGAGUUUUCAGUCAGGAAUGAUCCUUUUCUUUCUCUUGUUUGUGCCGUCGUCGGAAUUUAUACGGUUGAUAUUUCCAUGCUCGAAUCUUUGAUGUGGAGCGUGAUAGACAUGGAAUCUGGAGGAAAUGAUGAACACUUUUAUACUUCCCUAUUCCCAACCAAUCAGAGGCGAUAAUAUGUGGAAACGGUCAACCAGUAUCGGUCUUUGCUUG